GAUGAACAAGCCAUUUGAUCAGUCUCAAAUUUGAACUUACCCUCACAAGCAACCAUCGACCGCCAUGCUCAGCACCAUUUUCCUUGCCAUUCCCGCUUUCCUCGCCACGACAGCUACCGCUGUCGACCUUUGCCAGGAUGGUACAGCGCUUCCGUCGGCCCCCUACCAUCCACCGCGUCCGGUCACGCCUGCCCAGCAGAAGGCCAUUUUCGAUCGUUUUGCCGAUGGCUUCCUCCUGUCCGGCACGCCACUGCCGUUCCUCGAGGACCAUCUCGCCGACGACUACAUUCAACACAAUCCCGACUUCUUAUCGGGCAAGGCUGCUGUACUUCAGGGCUUCAGCGGCGACCUCUCGUCGUUCGGGCUCGUCUACCCUGCUAACGUUAUCACUCGUGGCUUUGAUGAGGACAUCGGUCAGGGCUGGAUCCACUACUACUUCACACCUGCAGCUGGCCAACAACCGAGCGUGGUCGUCGACAUUUUCCGCAUGAACGGCUCGGCCAUUCAGGAGCAUUGGGACGUGAUCCAACAACGCCCGGAGAACGCCACCAACCCGUUGGCCAUGUUCACGCCGCCGAACUAAACAUCAGUCGAUUGUUCUGAAUAACUUGUCGGGCAGAGAUGUAGUCCCAUGAGUAGGUGUUUUUGCACUUCAUACA